CGACGUGAUGACGUCACGCCUGUACGUCAGCACGUCGCUGUGGAGGAAUGUGCAGAAACUUCGUCCCCACUUUUCUCUUCGCGUUGUUCGUCGAAGGAAACAAACCUCGGGUCGGAGAAAGUCUCGGAACUCGAACAAAGUUGUGAUCGGACGAGUCGAAACGUUCUGUGACUCUUCAGUGAAGCUCCGCCUCCUCGUCUGCAGAUUCCCGUCCCUGAACCAACAUGGCCGCUCAGUUCUCAGUGGACAUGUUUCCCGUGGGCGUGUCUCUGAUGGAGGACGGUCAGAGUCUGAGCGACAUGCCGAGGAACACGCUGCCCGCCCCUCAGCUGGUGAUGCUGGCCAACGUGGCGGCCGUGGCGGCGGGAGAGGGCGGUGGCGGCUGUGACGGCAGCACGGCUGACGAGAAGGAGAUGAUGGAGCUGAAGACGGUGGGAUGCAGCUACUCGGACAGCGAGGACGAGAGCGUCAUCAGGUACAGCUACGACAACCAGAACCACAGAGAGGUCUGCAUCGUGGAGUAUCCAGAGUCUCCGAGCCCCGUCGAUGCCGUGGUUGUCAAUGGUAACGAUGUGGGGACGGAAGAGGAGGUCGAGGGAGACAAAGCUGAAGACCUCUCCGGCCGCCCUCGGCUCCGCCCCCCCACCAGCACCAAAAUACCUCAGCAGGUCCCCGAAUGUAAAGACGGUUCGGCCGGCGUGACGGAGGGCGUGAAGAAGAAGAAACCUUUCCACUGUAAACCGUGUCACUUCCAGGCCCAGAACGAGCAGGAGUUUGUAGAACAUCUGGGGACACACAGCAUCAGCAAGAUGAUGGUGGUGAACCGGGUGGAGGGGCGCAGCAAGACCAGGACCAAGGAGGCCGAAACACCCGAGUCCCAGCCGCCGCCAGGGGGCGAGAGGGACGGCAGCGAGGAGGCCGCAGCAGGAGACAUCAAAGGGCUGAUCAGGUGUGAACGGUGCGGAUACAACACCAACAGAUACGACCACUACAUCGCCCACCUGAAGCACCAUAGCAAGGAGGGGGAAGACCACAGGGUGUUCAAGUGCACUCUGUGUCCGUACACCACCGUCAGUCAGUACCACUGGAGGAAACACCUGAGGAAUCACUUCCCCAGCAAACUGCACACCUGCAGCCAGUGUUCCUACUUCUCCGACCGCAAGAGCAACUACAUCCAGCACAUCCGGACGCACACAGGUGUCCGUCCCUUCCAGUGUCUGUACUGCGACUACUCCAGCUCACAGAAGACCCACCUGACCCGACACAUGAGGACUCACUCAGGGGAGCGUCCGUUCAAGUGUGAGAGCUGCAAUUACCUGGCAGCCAAUCAGCACGAGGUGACCCGCCACGCCCGGCAGGUCCACAACGGGCCCAAACCGCUCUCCUGCCCCUACUGCGACUACAAGACGGCCGACCGCAGCAACUUCAAGAAGCACGUGGAACUCCACCUCAACCCCCGACAAUUCCUCUGUCCACUCUGCAAGUACGCCGCCUCCAAGAAGUGCAACCUGCAGUACCACAUCAAGUCCCGGCACUCGGGGUGCAACGUCUCCGUGGACGUCUCCAAAGUCAAACUACGCGUCAAGAAGCCCGGUCCUGACGGCGCAGAAGAAACCUCAGACACCAGAGUGAGCAAGUUUGACAACUCCUCCAGCGCGGAGGACGAUUUUGACAUGGACGAAGAGGACGAGGAGGAGGAGGUGGUGGACUCGAGCCCAAUCAACCUGUCCAUCAGAAAGAGCAGCAGGCCCAACAUCGCCCAACCGCUGCAGAGUGAAACUCCAGACAAGGCUCAGAGGAAAUCCAACGUCCAUUCUGAGAAAGAGAAACUGUCAAAGGCAAAGGAUAAGAUGGAACCAGAGAGAAAAGUCUCAACACGGCAGAAGAAGACAGAGAAGGUCAACGAGAACUCCGCUGUUAAAGAAACUCGGACAGAGACGACAGCUGCAGGAAUUACAGACGGGAAGGUGAAGAGACGAGUGAAGAAGCUGCUGGCAGUGAAACCAACUGUCCAGGACCAAGCAGAAGAACCCGUAUCCCCAAAAGAGCAAGCGAAGACGGAGAAAUCUGACCAAACAAGAUCCAAACAGGAAAGAACAGUGAGGCAGAAGGUGGCGAAAGAGGAAGAGAAGUCGAAGCCUGAGAAGGAAAUGGAACCGCAGGAGAACAAAAGCCUCAGCAAGCUCAGGAAGUCGGCAUCAAAGAAGUCAGAGAAAACUACAGAACAGGUGGAAGAAACUCAACAGAAACCAGAGAGUCAUGAUAGAAACCAAAAGGAAAAGGUGGUUAAACAAAAGGCUGCAAAGAGGAAAGCAGGGGAGGCGUUAGAUCUCUCCAGAUCAUCUGAGACGCCGUUCAAGGUCCGGCGAAUGAAGGCUGCUGAGAAGCUGAAGCCAAAACCUGCUUCAGACGAAGACAACAAGGCCGCUGACGUCAAGUCCAACAGGACGACACCAGUCAGGCAGAAGACGACCAGGAACUCCAACAAGAAAGUCUCAGGCCUUCAGCUGCCUGGGGGUCCAGCUGCAGACAAGACGUCGGCCAGCGGUCGGUCCACCGAGGCUCCAGGAGACGAGACGUCGGCCAGCGGUCGGUCCACCGAGGGUCCAGGAGACGAGACUUCGGCCAGCGGUCGGUCCAACGAGGCUCCAGGAGACGAGACGUCGGCCAGCGGUCGGUCCACCGAGGCUCCAGGAGACGAGACGUCGGCCAGCGGUCGGUCCACUGAGGCUCCAGGAGAUGAGCGGAUGCUCACCACGAACCCAGAGCCAAAGGAAACACCCACUGAUGAGACGAGAUCGACUCUGGACAGACCCUCAGAGAAGACAGAAGGUUCCCCCCCCUGUAACUCUCCGACUGAGGACCGUCCUGCUCCGACCUUCCUCAAACCCACGUCGCCGCCUUCUCUGGUGCUUCCCACCCAGAGAAUCAAACCCGCUGACCCCGAGGACGACGAGGGGAUUCACAGCAGCCACGAAGGGGGAAGUGAUAUCAGCGACAGCGCCUCCGAAGGCAGCGACGACUCUGGCCUCAACGGCGCCAGGUCAGGGAAGAUGCCCAACGACCCCGAAACGCCCACCGACGAGAUCCCGACACCGACGGAGCUCAAGAGUCACAUGUGCAUCUUUUGUGACCGCACGUUCCCCCUGGAGGUGGAGUACCGCCGGCACCUGAACCGGCACCUGGUCAACGUCUACUACAUGAGCGACACCAGAGGACAGAAGUGAUGCCGCUCAGAAACGUCAUUCAGAACGUUGGGAUUCUGUUGCCCCGAAGAAACCGGGUCGGGUUUCCGACGGCCGGGAUCGACAGUUACAAAACUCACUGUACGUAUCGUCGUCAGGGUCAGAGGUCAAACCCAGAGAGCAAACUGGAGACAAAAUUAUUUUUGUUUCGUCAAAGUCAGUUGCAGAUUUUCAUUGUUUUUUUAAAUUGUUUGCAUCUUCAUGAACUUGAUCUUUGGAAAAAACAAACAACACGAGUCUCCAGGAUGACAUCAUCAUGAUGACGUCAUCAUAAUGACGUCAAGUCAAGCUAAGACUCUGAUCUGGUUCACAAAGACUUUGCGUCGGGACCCUGGUUCAGGUGUCGGAGCGUGACCUCGGAGGUCGGGGUGUGACCUCAGAGGUCAGAACCGGUCUUCAGUUUCCACCCUGCUGCUCGUAACGUUGGAUUCUGUUGAUCAGACCUGACGAGUCACAUGAUCUCUUCUCACGUCGACUUAACUUCCAAUACAUUUUUUUUUAAACUAUAUCGAUCUGCUCGUUGUAUCAUGAUGUGUAGAAAUCAGAACCUUUAGUCCAAAUAUUAUUUUCCAUUUUAAAACCGUCAGUGCCUUUGACAAUCAUCAGCUGUUUCCAUGACAACACACAGGAAGUGGUUUGUGAAGUAAAAGUGAAUUUUUUGUUCAGUUUCUUGUUUAAUAUCAAAGUGAAGAAAAAGAAUAAAGUCGUGUAAAUGCA